UACACCUGAAAAAUAAGUUCCCCUGUCGAACAAACGUCCCUGCAUGUUAGUACCAUAGCGUCUCACUGAUUAGAAAUGUAACAUACUCGACUGAAGUCACCAUGGGAAGCUUGUGGGAGGUACAUGUGGCCCAGUGCCGCAGGUGUGCUACAGGAUCAGUCGUCAUCGUUCUGAUUUUCUGUGCUUUUCUUGGGGUUUCAGCAGAUGUGGACUUCGUGCGAUAUUUUGGGUAUUAUUCGAAUAAAGCGCUCGGUGGCUUCAACGACGAAAUCAUAAACGGUCUCACCGCGUCCGAGUGCGCAGCUGAGUGUCUGGCAGGAACAACAAACGUUCCAUUCGGCUUCUGCAGGUCGUUUGAUUACAGAAGCGGAAAUCAGCGGUGCGUUCUGAGUAGGGAGGAUCAGAACACCGUGUCACAAAGUCUUGAUCCGGACAUUGGCAAUAGGUACCACCAACUCAAUGAUCCAUUUUCAUUCUUCACAAAGACGCCAGAUGCAGGACUUAAUGGCUUCAACACCCACGUAUUGAGCAGUUACAACGCCACCCAGUGCGCACUUCGCUGUCUACUCGGCACUGACACGGUAUCAACAGUGAACUGCCGCUCGUUUGAGUAUGACAAGGUCUAUAACAAGUGCAUCCUUAGUGUGGAGGAUGGGAUCACUGAACCUAGUGAAGUCGGGGCCGCCGGCAGUUAUCCUCGAUUCGAUUUCUACCAAAGAAACGGUGAAUGUGACAGCAGUCCCUGUCGAAACAGCGGAACGUGCAGGAACAGUUUUGACUCACCAGAGUCGUACACCUGCACGUGUUUACCUGGAUGGGGUGGAGAUAAUUGUGAGACAGACAUAGACGCCUGUUCACCUAACCCGUGUCACGCCCAGGCCACCUGUACAGAUAACCCCCCUCCUGCCCUUGAUGCCACCUGCACCUGUAACCCUGGGUACACAGGAGACGGGCUCGCCAGUGGUGGAACUGGAUGUUCAGACGCCUGUUGGUCUAACCCGUGUCACGCCCAAGCCACCUGUACGGAUAACUGCACCUGUAACCCUGGGUACACAGGAGAUGGGCUCGCUAGUGGGACAGGAUGUUCAGACAUAGACGCCUGUUCACCUAACCCGUGCCACACCCAGGCCACUUGUACGGAUAACCUCCCUCCUACCGCCGAUGCGACCUGCACCUGUAACCCUGGAUACACAGGAGAUGGACUCGCCAGUGGGACAGAAUGUACAGAUACCAAUGCCUGUUCACCUAACCCGUGCCACACCCAGGCCACCUGUACAGAUAACCCCCCUCCUGCCCUUGAUGCGACCUGCACCUGUAACCCUGGGUACACAGGAGAUGGACUGGUCAGUGGUGGAACUGGAUGUUCAGAAACCGCUAGCUCGUCAGUUGCAGCGAUCAUCGGAGGUACAGUAGCAGCAGUAGCACUACUUCUUAUAUUGGGUGCAGGACUGAUCUUCUACAGGAGACGACAGAAAAGCCAUAAUCAGGCAGGCAACAGAGACGUUGCACUUACAGACAUCGGAGACCCUCCAGAGACCGGAAGUGGAAAUGAAGCGUUCGUACAUGAAGUAGAUACCAAGAAGGGUCACAAGCGGCUGUCGCAAUUAGCGACUGUUCAUGACGUCAAGGACUUUCUUGAAGCUAAUGGCUUAAAAGAGCUUACCAAAUCAUUUAAAGAACAUGAUGUCGACGGGAGAGCGCUCCGUGGUAUGAACGACGCCAUUUUGAAGGACCUGAUCCCAAAGGCGGGGCCUAGAGCAAGACUAACAGCGCUUCUUACGGAAAUGAAGACUCCAGCCAAUCCGGAUGACCCAGUUGUUUCAACAUCCAAUCUGAACUACUGGGAAAUCCCUCGAGCGAACUUGAAGCUCGGAAGGCGGCUUGGCAGGGGCCAGUUUGGCGAAGUGCGUCUUGGCAAAGUUCAGAAUCGCGGAGUCACCACCACCGUUGCUGUGAAGACACUCAAAAGUUCUGCAUCAGACAGUGACAAGAAAGACCUGCUGGGAGAGCUGGAGAUCCUGGUGACUGUUGGUCGUCAUGACAACAUCAUCUCCCUGGUGGGAGCUUGCACAAAAGACGAUCCCCUGACCAUUGUAGUUGAGUACGCCUCUAACGGAUGUCUGAGGGACUGGCUGAAGUCCAACUCAGCUGAGGAAUACCAGAAUCAGCCUGCUCCAACUUCUGAUCUUCCUAUGGAACAGCUCAUCCAGUUUGGCAUCGACGUAGCAGCUGGGAUGAGCCAUCUAGCGGCUAUGCAGUGUGUUCACCGUGACCUUGCCGCAAGGAACAUCCUACUUGGAGAGAACUUGGUGGCCAAGGUUUCAGAUUUCGGACUGUCCAGGGACAUCUAUGAAAGUGAGGAGUACGUGAAGACUGCAAAGAGCAAGCUGCCGUUGCGGUGGAUGGCCUAUGAGUCACUUUUCUACAGUGUGUACACAACUCAGAGUGACGUUUGGUCGUUUGGUGUUCUUCUGUGGGAGAUCAUGGCCAUGGGACAUCUGCCAUACGAAGGGAUGAAGGGUAAACAGAUGAUGGACAUGAUCAAAGAUGGCGGCCGACUGGAGAAGCCUUUGCACUGUCCCGAUGAAAUCUUCGUCGUAAUGCAAGACUGCUGGAGAACUCUGCCAGAGGAAAGGCCAUCCUUUCCUCAGCUGAAGACCAACCUGGGCAGGAUCAUUCAAGCACACAAGACGUACGCUUCACUUCUUCAGGAGUAGGAUAUGGGGACGGAUAGGAAUAGAUGGAAACUCGCUGUGGUCAACAAAGUUGUUUUUAUAUCUGUAGGUAAUCAAGCUAGUACAUAUAGUUAGGAACGGUGAUGUGUGAACUUUGUUCCAGGUACUUGCAUUUUAACCGCAUAUGUAAAAUAAAAGCAUGCCGCCUGUUGGAUUGGCGACUUGGAAGAGACUCAAUCAAUUUUGAUUAAUUCAUAUUACUCCAUUCAUGUAUAUUCUAAAUAUACUUUGGCAGGCUAAAGAAACUUUGGAGACUCUGAACGUGAACUUGUUUUCAUUGCUAGUGAAACUCGAGAUUGAGGAUUUGCCCUAGCUUAUAUAAUAAGCCAAUUAUAGAUGUCUUGUUUCGUCAGGUCUGAAAUGUUGUAUGAUGUACAGAUUGUACCCAAUAUGAUGUAUAAGAGUGUCAAAGAAACAUAUAUGCAAUUCUAGAUAUUGGCUAUACUAAUUUGUCUUGUCAUCUUAACAUUGAACUAUCCUCACUGUAUAAAGACAUGGUGCAUGAUUGUGUCUCAUUUAAAUUCUCACUUCGUCUUGAAAUAAUAAACCUGAGAAUAUUUUCAGUGUAAAGGUAU